GCUUCGAGUGUCCCCCCACUAUUUACCCUUUUCCUUUUUUGUUGCAUUGAUGGAGUAAUAAUGUGACUGACUGAUGAGCUUUUCAAAGUAAAAAACAAAAAAAGAAUCAAUGGAGGAUCAUGAGAAGAUUGAUGGGAAGAAGAAGAAGAAGAAGAGUGUGGCUUUGAUUCCGGCUAACUACGUCUCCAUUCUUCAGCUUCAGGAACGUUGGCUGAAGGAGAAAGAGAAGAAACAAAAGGAAAAAGACUUUGUAGAGAGAGGAGUGAAACAGCAGGUUGAUCAGAGACAACGAAGGAGAGAAGAAGAAGAAAAUGUAGUGAAGGCCAUGGAAACAAAAGUGAAGCUCGAGGAACAUAGUUUAAGCGGAGGUGUUCGUAUGCAUUGUAGUGUGAAUCGGUGGAAAAGGGAUCAAGUAUGCGUUAAGAAAGAGGAAAUUAAGGUUUCUGGAAUUGUGAGCAACAAGGACGAAGAUGGUGUAGAUUCGAGGGAGAAAAAGAAGAAGAAUCCGGUGAAAGAGAACACUAGGAGGGUUUUCAAGUCCAAAGGAGAGAAUGCUGCUAAGGAAGUAACUCAAUGCUGGAUCAAGAAGAAAGUAGAAGAGGAAAGAGAGACAAGUGAGGUCAAGGGAACUGCCAGAUUGAUUAGCAAACAAGGUUAUUACCAAAACAAGAGACAUGAUUGGUCGUCUACACGUGUUAUUAGGGCAACAACAAGUACUAUGGUUUGGGUGAAGAAGGGUAAGAAAGAUGGAGCAGUUGGUGAAAAUAAAGUCUGAAUUAUCCUUUCAAGGUUUGAACUUUGGAUCAUUUGUUUUCUAGGUCUUAGAGUAAUUGAAUCGGAGCUGAAUAAUAAUGUGUGAUGUUAUCGAUUAUCAUGGUCUUCAGGUGUUGUAGGAUUAUUAGAACUUUCCCAUAAGCAUUUGCUUGUCAAUGUCUAAGGUUUGAUUCUUAUCUUGUGUCUACAAUUCCUUGGGGAUUGCAUUGUAGUAGGUGUGUAUGUAAGUAAAUGUAUACUAUCUUGAAUCUUGGAGCUCUAUCGCGAAGUUUUAUUCUAUGAGUAAGAUUGUGACUUAACAUUGGAUUUUUUUCUCAGUUUUGUGUCACGUCUCUUGCAGCUUAUUUCAGGAAUCGGACCAGGACUAGUAAUUUCA